UUCUGCUUUGAUAUUUGUUUUUUAGUUUUUUCCCUCUCUGUGAAACCGUUUAUUAAAACCCUUCACAACCUCCCAUUACUUCUUCCACCACCAUCUUUCACGUUUCUAAAGGCUCCCCCUUCUGAAUCGCCCAUUUAAUAGCUUUGAACCAGUUUCCAUGGCCGUUGAAGCACACCAUCUUAGUCCUUUAUUUUAUUCCAACAGAGAAAUGAUGCAACCCAUUGAAGCAAAUGGUUUAGUAUACAACAACCAGAUCAGAUACAACACUCUUCCAGCGACUACGAUGCCUUUUAACCAUACCAUGGAAUGUCAAACUUCUACGUUUAAUCCCAUUUACACAUCAUCACCGGUUGAUUUUUUGGUUCAUCAGUCCAUGAAACCAACGAUCCAUUCCGUUGAUAGCUCCGUUACAUUCAACAGCGACAAUAUUAAUGGCGAUUAUCUACGUCCUAUGUCGUCCUCGUCUCUCAGAAAACGCUCCAGAGAAGAAUCAGUUGUUGAAAACCCUAUCCCAAGCCAGAAACGUUGCAUUGAUCCUCUCAUGUUCCUAGGAGAAGACUUGUCUUCUAACAUCCAACAUCACAACUUAGAUAUCGACCGAUUAAUCUCUAAUCAUAUCGAGAUAAUGAGAAUGGGGAUUGAAGAGAAGAGAAAGCAACAAGGUAGGAAGAUAAUGGAAGUCAUUGAACAAGGGUUGAUGAAGACACUAAGAGCCAAAGACGAAGAGAUUAAUCACAUAGGCAAACUAAACCUCUUUCUUGAAGAGAAGGUUAAGUCUCUAAGUGUAGAGAAUCAGUUAUGGCGUGACAUGGCACAGUCAAAUGAAGCCACCGUGAACGCUCUACGGUCCAAUCUCCAACAAGUCCUCGCCGCGGUUGAACGUAACCGGUGUGAUGAGCCUACGACUGCUGACGAUGCUCAGUCUUGUUGUGGAAGCAACGACGAGGGUGAUGAUAGUACGAUGAUGCGCACGGUUUCAAGUACGAUGUGUAGAAGCUGUGGAAAAGGAGAAGCAAGUGUGUUACUAUUACCAUGCAGACACAUGUGUCUAUGUAGUGUGUGUGGUUCUUCGAUUAAUACUUGUCCAAUAUGUAAAUCUCCAAAGAACGCUAGUCUUCAUGUUAAUCUUUCCUAACAAAUAUACUAGUAAAAUUGUAAAUGUCCUAAAAUAGUAAAUAGUUAAAAAGAGUAUCAAACUGUACCAAUAGUGAUGAUGAUGAUGGAACACGAAUCUUUGAC